CGGAAAGCCAGCAAAGCACCUGGGCAGGCCCGAUACGCUACCUACGUACGUACAGCACCCUAGUACGUCAACAUAGAUCGCCUUGUGACUGACUGCCGGCCUGCUUGUGCUGCACCCUGGAAAUCAAGACCAGCUUCCUUCAUCAGCAAAAUCCCCUCCUUGAUGCGAUCCCCUCUGCGACGGGCUCGUCUGUUGCUCUAUUGCCGACUCGCACCUUUCUGAAACCCAUCAGAGCUCUUGAUAGUAGACGAGAAGAUCUGCAAAGGAGAGCAAGGCCCCUCCUCCCUUGCGACGCCCACCGCCCCUUUGUGACGAUACCCAACCGUCUUUGCGAAACCCAGCCCAGCCCAGCCCAACAACCACAACACACACAUACAGCCUGUUCGAUUCUGGCAUCCCACCACCGCCGCCGGCUCGACAUCGCCAACACCCGCCUCACCACCCAACAUGUCUGGCAACUUCUCCCAGCCGGGCGGUAUCUCUGACCCUGCGCUUAUCACACUCGUCAACAAGCUUCAGGAUGUUUUCACAACCGUCGGUGUCAACAACCCCAUCGACCUCCCCCAAAUAGUCGUCGUUGGCAGUCAGUCCAGCGGAAAGAGUUCCGUACUGGAGAACAUCGUGGGAAGAGACUUUCUGCCUCGAGGUUCAGGAAUCGUGACGCGCCGACCUCUCGUCCUGCAACUCAUCAACCGUCCUGCUACUGCCCAGACCAACGGCGAGAGUGAAGGCGUUGAGGGAACUACCGACAAGGCCGCCAACGUGGACGAAUGGGGCGAGUUCCUGCACAUACCAGGGCAGAAGUUCUACGAUUUCAACAAGAUACGAGAUGAGAUCAGCAAGGAGACCGAGGCAAAGGUCGGCCGCAACGCCGGCAUCUCGCCAGCCCCUAUCAACCUGCGCAUCUACUCCCCCAACGUCCUGACCUUGACCCUCGUCGAUCUGCCCGGUCUCACCCGGGUACCUGUUGGUGACCAGCCGCGCGACAUCGAGAGACAGAUCCGCGACAUGAUCGUCAAGUAUAUUGCCAAGUCGAACGCCAUCAUCCUGGCCGUCACGGCGGCAAACAUCGAUCUGGCCAACUCGGAUGGCUUGAAGCUGGCACGUGAGGUCGACCCUGAGGGUCAGAGGACAAUCGGUGUCUUGACCAAGGUUGAUCUUAUGGACGAGGGUACGGACGUGGUCGACAUCCUGGCAGGGCGCAUCAUCCCGCUGCGCAUGGGAUACGUCCCGGUUGUGAACCGUGGCCAGAGGGAUAUCGACAACAAGAAGCCCAUCCAGGCCGCGCUUGAGGCCGAGCGGGCAUUCUUCGAGAACCACAAGGCCUAUCGUAACAAGAGUUCUUACUGCGGCACACCAUACCUGGCGCGGAAGCUGAACCUGAUCCUGAUGAUGCACAUCAAGCAGACGCUGCCAGACAUCAAGGCCAGGAUCUCGAGUUCCCUGCAGAAGUAUACGUCCGAGCUGGAGAGCCUCGGGCCCUCGAUGCUGGGAAACAGCGCCAACAUCGUGCUCAACAUCAUCACCGAGUUCACAAACGAGUGGCGGACGGUGCUGGACGGAAACAACACCGAACUCUCCAGUACCGAGCUGUCGGGCGGUGCGAGAAUUAGUUUUGUCUUCCACGAGCUGUACGCGAACGGUGUCAAGGCGGUGGACCCCUUUGACAUGGUCAAGGACGUCGACAUCCGCACCAUCCUCUACAACUCGUCUGGAUCAUCCCCUGCCCUGUUUGUCGGCACCACCGCUUUUGAGCUCAUCGUGAAGCAGCAGAUCAAGCGCCUGGAGGAGCCCAGCCUGAAGUGCGUGUCGCUUGUCUACGACGAGCUGGUCCGCAUCCUCACGCAACUGCUCAGCAAGGCGCUCUACCGCCGUUACCCAUCGCUCAAGGAGAAGAUGCACAACGUUGUGAUUGGGUUCUUCAAGAAGGCAAUGGAGCCGACCAACAAGCUGGUCAAGGACCUCGUGGCCAUGGAGUCUAUCUACGUCAACACCGGGCAUCCAGAUUUCCUCAACGGCCACCGCGCCAUGGCCAUCGUGAAUGAGCGCCACAACCCCAAGCCUGUGCAGGUGGACCCAAAGACCGGCAAGGCCCUGUCGAGCACCCCUGUCCGGGCUGCCAGCCCGACCCUGGCAGAGUCCAACCUAGGCGGCGACGGCAACAGCGGCUUCUUUGGCAGCUUCUUCGCCGCCAAGAACAAGAAGAAGGCCGCCGCCAUGGAGGCCCCACCACCGACACUCAAGGCCUCGGGCACGUUGAGCGAGCGCGAGAACAUCGAGGUCGAGGUCAUCAAGCUGCUUAUCUCGUCGUACUACAACAUCGUCAAGAGGACCAUGAUCGACAUGGUUCCAAAGGCUAUCAUGCUCAACCUCGUAGCGUUCACCAAGGAUGAGAUGCAGCGCGAGCUCCUCGAGAACAUGUACCGGGCGGCGGAACUGGACGACCUCCUCAAGGAGAGCGACUACACGAUCAGGCGGCGGAAGGAGUGCCAGCAAAUGGUAGAGUCCCUGGCGCGCGCUAGUGAGAUUGUCAGCCAAGUGCAGUAGACGAACACUCUCCAUCUACCGUGUAUGAUGUGGUGGGCGUGCAUCGGCUUCUCAAGAGUAGGCACGCACCGAGGGCGUUUAAAUCCCCCCCUUGAAAAUGUUCCUCUGAGCACGGGGCUGGUGGAGGCUUGGCUGUACUUCGUUGGCGGAGCCGAGUUUGGAUGAACGAUGCAACACGUAACAUAAAAGAGAGAAACACCUUUGCACGGCGCAGCGGGCGGUUUGGUUCUCUGUGUUUUCCCAAAACAAGAUUGGGCAACCGGGCUUGUCGCGUUCUUCAUGGUUUCUCCCUCUUGUUCCGUGAAAUUUAGACUGGGUCGGUGGGGUUUGGCUGCUGCUGCUGUUCACACACAUGGAAUAUAUGCGUUCACGAACGGAAAUGCAUGCAUGAUACGGCGGGGGUUCUUGGUCUGCUGCCCUUACAUGUUAUGAUGGUUGACGCUGGGACGUGGUGUGGCGAGAUUGGCGGUCGAAGAGGGCCGGCCGGUGAAGGUUUGAAGGAAGACUGGGACUUGGGACUUGGUGGUGCUUCGUUGAAGGUGUGCACAUUUUUUUUUUAAUAGACCAGGGCGUGUGCGGUGUGUGUCUGGGAGAGAAGAAUCCACAAAGUACAAUGAGGAGACGAAGGAGGCACGACGCAAUGGAACACGAAGCGGAUGCUAUACCGAGCUGGCUCACACACUGGAGAUGGGUGGAUUGGGCAGACAGACAUACAGAAGUUGUUCGACGGGAGGACUUCUGUUUGGUGUUGCUGGGUUUUGGCAUCUCCAACAGAAUGUACAGUGUUGUUAUGUGUAGAUAGACUGGAUGACUGACUGGCUGACUCCGGUUUGAUUCUCUUUCCUUCUUCGCCAUGGCUCUCUGUGCGUGUGGUCGGUCCUUUGCCCGUGGAUGCGAAUCCGGGUCGCCAUCUCCAAGCACCGUGUUGUGCCGUGCGGGUGUGCGAGACGGAGACAGUCGUGGCCCUGGGCCGUUCCUGCACCGCGUUCAAGCAGCAACAGGUCUUUCUUUCGUUGUAAGAUGAGAAGGGAUGGACCAGGUCAGCAACGGCCUAGAAUGUACAUCGGGGAGGACCAUCGUUCGGAAGAAAGAGGGUGGCAGGCCCUGACUGGCGCUGUUGGUUUGCUUUUCUUUAGGCAGCGGAUCCCGACCACAUGCAGCUUUCUCUUCUCUCCUCCGUAGGUAGCAUCGAGACAUCCCCUAGCCUCGAGACAUACUUCAAUCUGGAAAUUGGACACCCACGAAUAUGGCCUUGGUAUUUGAAAGAAAAGAAAUACUGCCACAGCCGCCGUAGCUGCUGC